AUGCAAACGGUUGAAAGUGUGAAAUUUGAAGAGUCUGAAGUGGAAUUCAUCCCUCACGAGAUGACUAAAGCAAAGAAAACGCAAACCGAACUAAAGGUUAACAUUGUGAACGAAAAUGAUUAUCAAGUAGAAGCGGCCGUUAAUGAAAUUCAACCCGAGAAACUCGCUGAAACUUUCACAUACCUAGAAAAAUCGGCUGAUUUGGAUAAAUUAGGGGAUAUUGAAGAUCGAAGCAAUGUUCCCAGCAAGGUGCAUGAGGUUGAUGCAAUUAUUUCGGAGGAAAAAGUUUCAGUUUUUCUUUCAAACAAGGACGAAAAAGCAGAAGACGAAAUUGAAAAAUUGAAACUAGAUAAAGCGAAUGUUCACGAAGUUGAUACCAAGUAUUGCGAGCAACCCUUCGUCGAAGAAGAUGUUUUGUCGGCUAACAAAAUAAAAACGGAAGCGCCUCUUUUUGACCUGACAGAUGACCAAAACUUAGGGGAAAAGGAACUUGGAAGUGAAUUGGAUAUCAAAAUUGACGCGACGGUAGAAAAUGACGAUGUCAAGUUCCUGCACGUUACCUUGCCACGUAAAGAAGAGCCAAUAUUUGACAAUGACACUGAUGAAAGUUUUGCCGAUGAAACAAAUGUUGGCUGGAUAAUAACAGAAGGUAUGUCUGAUAGUUUUGAGAAUGUGAAACUUACAGUCGACUCGCAGAAUGAAGAAUUUAACUCAGAGAUGGAGCCAGACAAAAUGCAAUCCGAAAUAACAGUCAGCACACUGAAAGAGGAAGAUAAUCAAAUGGAAGCUCUUUCUGAAAUCGAACCAGAGACACCUGAUAAAACAGUUUUAGCUGAUGAAACACUGCAUGGCUUAAAUAAAUUAGACGAGAGUGAGGAUCGAACCCAUGUUCCCAGCAACGUACAUCAGAUUGAAGAAACUGUUUCAGAUGAAAAUAUUUUAGUUCUUCCAUUAAUUACGGACGAACAAGCAGAUGACGAAACUGAGAAAUCCAUACUAGAUAAAGCGAACAUUCACGAAGUUGAUACCAAGUAUUGCGAGCAACCCUUCGUCGAAGAAGAUGUUUUGUCGGCUAACAAAAUAAAAACGGGAGCGCCUCUUUUUGACCUGACAGAUGACCAAAACUUAGGGGAAAAGGAACUUGGAAGUGAAUUGGAUAUCAAAAUUGAUGCGACGGUAGAAAAUGACGAUGUCAAGUUCCUGCACGUUACCUUCCCACGUAAAGAAGAGCCAAUAUUUGACAAUGACACUGGUGAAAGAUUUGACCAAGAAACAAAUAUCGACUGGACAAUGACUGAGGGGAAGUCAGAUAGUUUUGAGGAUGUUCAACUAACUUUCGACUCACAGAAUGCAGAGUUUCUGGAGAUUCACCAGCAGAUGGAAGGGGUUGAAGAGCUAAGUUGCGGUGGUUCGGCCAAAGCGAAACAGAUUCCUGGAAAAGAAAGUCAAGAAAUACUAGAUAAAGCUUCUAAUGAAUCAACAGUUGCCCAAACGUUUCCCGCAACAGAAAAAACAGCAGAUGAAACUUGCGAGCAAAAUAUACCGAAUGAAGGCGUUUCUUCAAUUGCAUCAAUUUCGAUUGAAACUCGAAAAGAAGAAAAUGAAAGCUUCAAAGUCUUGAAUACAGCAGUUGAAACUGAUCCCGUGAAGGGCGACCAUUCAGCCGAACCAAACUUAACAGAAAUUGGUGAAGUAUCUGGCCUAGUUCUGGAGUCCAGAAAAGUUGAAAGGGAUACGAGUCUGGAACAAGCUGUGACAGUAGCAAACAAACAUGUACGCGGAUUUUGUGUCGAAAGAAAUUUAUCAUCGGGUGAUAUUGAAGACAUGGAAAUUGAAAACGAAAAAACUGCAGAGAUCGAAACAGUCCCAGAUGAAACUCCACUGAAAUCAAGGGGUCUAAGUGGAGCCAAAAUUAGCUUAAAUGAAGUUAUUCUUGAGCCUGUAUCUGAUGAAGCAAUCGAAAAGGUGGACGAGCAACCGCUUACAAAUGAACAGCUAGAUGAAAGAAAGAAGAAUUUUUUGUCGGCAGAGAAAAUCCCUCAAUCUGGUUUUGAAAACGACGAACUUAAAGAUGACAUGCAUCCAGAAAUGGAAACCGCAGAAGGUGAAAUGCCUAAGUCGAGAUUCCUCAGUGGAUCUAAAAACAAAAUAGUUUCUGAGCGUGAUCAAGAUAUAGCGCAAGAUGAUCUUCUUGGUGUCAAAUCAGAAAAACUAGAAGACGCUGAAAAGCUAAAAAGAGGCUUGAGUGCGGUUGAAAUCAAUCAAGUUGCUGAUGUCGAUGAUACGAAAGUACCCGAUGAUUUUGAAAUAGCUACAGUUGGCGAUGUUUCUGAGACUCGUAAACUGAGAGGUUUGAGUUCCGUAGAGAUACUAACUGGACGUGCUUCCGACGACGAGGAAAUCCGGGACUCGGAACCGGAUUUUGAAGAGGAGCCGAAGCCUGGAAUGCCCUCGCGAUUCUUGACAUCUCAAGUUUUCCAUCCCACAGUUUUCCCAGACGAAGAAACUGAGUUGUUGUCCUCAGACCCUCGUCAAGGUUACAAACGGGUCGUAGAAAUGCGACCUCUCAAAGAUGCCACAAUACAGAAUAUUCACGAGAUCAACAAAAAGUUUUACCACUUGUCUGUCAAACGCAUAAAAGAGCAAGGCGAAAUUGUCGUUGAAUAUCGACGUUAUGGACUCGACGCAGUGGAAGUCCAUGAAGUGAAGCCUGGAGCCGAUUACUUUCUGGAAAACCCGCAGCAGUUCAUUGAAGUGUCAAGGGAAGACGUGAAAGGUGAAGAAAGUUCGCAAUUGACACGAUACUACAAACACGAUGACCCUGAACUGGUCAGAUUCCUGAGCCAGAGUGGUCUCUCGAACCCUUCCGACCUCUCUAGGGUUUCAAAAGAAGUGGAAUACUUGACGAAAGAGCCAACGAAAUUCGAAGUCUCGGGGUUUUUAAAAGGAUGUCUUGAGUACUAUCUUAAUGAAAAUUCAGAAUAUGAUGUUUUUGUCAAGUUUUCAACUGUUGACAGUAAAAACGAAGAAGCGAUUGAAAUGCGUCGCUAUCGGUCAACUAAAGCCGAGUUCAGACUCCUAGAACCCUCCGAGACCGUACCGUCGUUAGAUUUUGUUCGAUUUGAAACUGAUUUCUAUGAAACUUCUCUGGUGUUUGUCCUUAAGAGCGGCAAAACUGUACACGUAAAACGAUGGAGUAACUUCAACGAUGAACUGUUAAAUAAACUAGUUCAAUUAGACUUCUCAAUGCAGAAGGAUGAUCUAAUUCUCGGAAAAACGGUGAGCAAAUCAAAGAAAGUAGAGGUCUUCAAUGACUUUCUGAUGAAUUUCAUGCCUCAUGAAAUUGAAUACGAACCUUGUCAAGUCGAGGUUGAAAUCACGAAAGUUAUUGGCGUUAAAGUCACUGAGACUAUGCAGAGCGAAAAUGAAUUGCAGAAAACAGAAGUGGAAAUUUUCAAACUGGCUGAAGAUGACAAUUUACAGGUGUCCCGACAUACGUUUUUCACACCUUCGCCGACAAUUUUGACACUGAGUCAAAAGAACUUAAUUCACAAACAAAGAGGGGAGUCUAAAGUAUUGGGAUCCAUUUUAGAGCUCAAGAAGCAAUUAGUUGAUGGAAGUGGAAGAUCUAUUACAAAUACGACCAGAAUAAUAAACCCUGACGAAACUAUUUUUAACUCCGAGGACGUACGGCCUCUGACGUCAUUUUUGCCCGAGUCUUCAAUAUUUGACAAGCUAUCAAUGGCUGCCGACUUGGACCCGGCUCCGAAAUUCUUGCAUACUUGUCAAAUAGACGAAUGUCCGUCUGUCGAAUUCCAGGAUCCCGAAAUGGUUCUGAAGUUCUCGGAAAAGAACCGAUUCUCAUUUGAAGAAAAUUUCGAUUCCUCGGGAAAAGGAGAAAGAACAAUCGUGAGUCAGUCAGAAAACCGAAAUGAAAGCUUCGCGCUCUGUCGAAACUACAACUGCAAAAUUCAGAAAGUUCUGAUCAAUCGGACGACUGCAAACUAUGACGAAAAAAUAGUUGAAUUCUCGUUUGUAACCAAAGACAGAAAUGAUGUCUCUAAGCGAAAUACUUACUGGAUUCCAAUUGAUAGCAAAGAUUUGCCCGAGUUUUUCCGAAACAAAGUCCCACUCAAAAAAUCAUCGGUAGGCUGUUUUUUCAAUUUGCCGACCGGCGAUGAAAUGUCUCCUUUGAGCAAGCUAAUGAACAUAAAAUCAGCGCCCACUGCGACUGAGUUAAUUCAUCAUUUGUCAGCUAUUGACAUUGAGCGGUUUGAAAAACUGGACCAAAAUGAACUGGCGCCUAGUUUAAACGAGUUCACGGCCUGUGUUCAAAUUAGACAUCUAGGAUCCAUAUCAAUUUAUGAAACGUUCGAUGGAAAGUCGAGGUACUUAGUUGUCCACAGGGAAUGUCUUGAGAAUGAAGAGAAGUUUUUAAUGACAUCAUACUACAAAACAAAAGCACCACUAGUGAGAAAAUUAACAAAGUCGAAUUCCAUACAGAGACUUUUAGGAGGCCUUGCAAGUCCUGAGAGGAAGAAAAAAGAAGACGACGCUCCAAAGGCGUCCAAAAUGUUCCUGGCUUUACAGGCGGAAGAGGAACCAUUGGCUAGACCUAAGAAACUUGAUUUGACUCAAAGUGCGUUCCCUCCUAGAGUGCAAUCAGUUGAAAUUACUUCCAAGAAAACGGAAAACAAUGAAAAAUCUGUCAAAUUUGAUGAGAAGAUUGAAAAUAAAGAGAUUGUUGAAGCAUGCGAUACGCCAACUAUUGGCAUCACCGUGAAACAAAUGAAAACUCCAGAGCCUGAAUCAAAGUUUGUUCUCUUGGAGAAAACUGUCGUGGAUGAAAAUAGCGGUAAGCCUCAAGUCCAACGCAAAAAAUACUCAGUUGACGAUUCAAGAUUGCUAAGCGAGAUCCAACAAGACCCGAAUGCGAUCGUUGUUCCAUAUGACGAAAAAGCCGAGCAAAAUCGAAAGAUCAAAAGCGAAUCUGGAAUUAAUAGACUGGACAAGCGAACAUCUGGAUCAGGGUCCAAAACCAAAAGCACCCGUUGA